CGAUUGCGUGCUCUUUCUCGCUCGCGCAGCCGAUGGGCUCCGAUUGCGUGCUCUUUCUCUAUCGCGUAGCCGAUCGGCUCCGAUUGCGUGCCCGCUGCGGCCGCGCCGACCGCCAUUUUGAUAGCAACAUUUGAACGUAAUAGUUGUGCGUACUUGUACGAAAAGAUGAAUGAUGAAAAAUUAAUAAUACUCGUGUCAAAAUAUGAGUGUUUAUUUGACAUAACCAAGCCAUCAUAUAGCGAUCGGAUAAUGAAAGACAAUGCAUGGGAGGAAAUUAGCAAAUGUCUCGGAAUAAGUGUGACGCAGUGCCAGGAUCGUUGGAAGAAACUGCGAGAUAACUUCAGAAAAGCCUAUUAUAACCGAAAAGGCAAGAGUGGCGAUGGUGCAACUACGUCCAAAUUGAUAAAAUUUGAAAAAGAACUUUCUUUUAUAAUACCAUUUUUUCGCAAUCGAAACCAAAUAUCUAAUGUAACAUUAUCAUCGGAUGAUUCAGAGCCUGGCACACCAAUACCACCACCAUCGACAUCAUCUAAACGUUCUGACCAUUCUGAAGUUGAAUCGCUUGCAAGUACUUCUGGCUCGAAAAAGAGACCACGCUUAAGCAAAGAUGUUGCUACGGUUUUCGAAGAGUAUCUUGAAGAAAAAAGAAAUACUACACCCCGUGACAAGGCAUUACGUAAUUUUUUUUUGUCUAUGUCAGAUACAGUGGAAACAUUCCCAAAAGAAGUCCAAGCACGAAUUAAAAGGCGCGUGUUUAACAUUGUUAAUGAAGCUGAAUUAAGUCUGUAUGAAAAUAGUACAGAUUUGAAUUAUUCUUUGUCUAUAAAUUCACCGCCAUCGACUAAUCAAUCUACUUACCUAGUGUCAAACGAAACCUAUAUUCCUCAAAACUAUCCAGAUCAGACUACUUACGGGUACAAUACCAGCACACAAAAUACAAAAUAAUAAACAAUCAAAAACAAUAAUAAUUAUAAUAAUAAUAAUUAAACACACACAAAUCUGUACUAUUUAAUUACAUUUCAUUAACGUAAAUAAUGCUUAAUAAAUGGAGGGCUGUGAUUUUGUGAUCUAUUUAGAUGUUUGUGUUAUU